CAUGGUCUGAAUGUGUGUUUGUAGGGAGGGGUGCAUAAACGCAGGUAGCAUAAAGUGAUAAUAGUUUAACCCCGUUUGUGAGGUAAUAACUUUAUUGUGGGUUAUUUUGGGGAAGGGGGAAACUGUUUGAAAUGUUUUUUGUUUUUGUAUUUUUUAGGUGCGGCCAAAGAGCGCUAGCUGCUGUUUUGUUUAUGUUUUGUAUAUGCUUUUACACACCGUUUAAUAAACCUGAAUUAGCUUGUUGGGUUACAGGUUGGACCAAGCGGACGUCGCAGCUGUAAACCGCUGGAUUACUGAGUGUUUUAAAAGAUUAUCCUGCGCAGCGGUUCUGUGCUAUGUUUGAGUAAGGAAUUGGAUAUUUAUCUCUUGUGCAGGUGUAUUAAAUUAACAGACUUGGUAUUUUUGCUCCGUGAGCCGCUUGGACGCUUUUUAAAUAUUAAUCGGGAGUUAAUUGUGAAUUAUGCACUGAUUUGCUGUGUUCUGUCCCUUCUGUUACAAAGAGGAUUUAAUCUAGUCUCUUUUGAUUGUGGGUAAAUAACUGUUAAGCUGUAAAUGGUAUUAAAAUAUUUUUAAGCCUUCUUUUGUUUAAAUUUGCACUAUUUUUGUAAAGUCACGUCUCUGUCUUUAAUCCCUUCCGAACCAGAAGGGUCCUUCAUAUUUUUGUAACUUUCUUUGGUUUAAUUAUCCUUUUGGGUUCAAUCUAUUUUCCUGGGUGAAUAAAUAACCCAGGUGGUGUAGUCGGUUCCUUAUUUUUAAUACCUUUAACCAAGGGUUACACAUGUUCUAACACUUUGUGGCUGAUUUGCUGUCAUUCCCAAUCACUUCCACUUUGUUAUAAUCCCACUAACAGUUUACUGUGAAAUACUAUGAGAGGAAAAUUCACGACUGGACUUGGUGGAAUCCUAUCGCGGUACAACGCGAUAACAUUGAAAAGAAUAAUAUAAAAAAUGGGUUAAUUUUAAAUUAAAUUGCUUUUGCUCAUUGCUAGUGGAGUACAUGACUGUAAGAUGCAGGUCAUUUUAUUUACCACAGGAAUUCACUACUUUUUUCACUGUCCAACUGUUCAUUCCCUUCACUGCUAAUUCUGAGGAGGCACUGUGUGAACUCUAUGGGGCUAUUAGCAACCUGCAGAAUGUUCACCCAGAGAAACGCCAGAUAUUUCAACCAUACGUAUCUCAAAUCAGUGCUUUCUAAACUCCAUCAGCCAGUGGACUUUGCAAAGAUAGGCGAACAUGCUAGAUUUAGUUUACACAAACAUCCCCAGCGUGUAUCGUGUGGAUCCCUGCCCCCACCUCAGCUACUCAGACAACAUCUCCGGUCUGAGUAACCACAUCAAACCUGGCCAGCAGGAACCACUUCUGCUUCUUAAGACUGUUUUAAGUGCACCGACUGGGACAUGUUUAGGGAGGCUGAAAUCAAUAGUGAUACCAUCAACGUGGAGGAGUCCACAUCAUUAGUUACCAGCUAAUCUAAUCUAACCUAAAAACUCUGUGUUCUCUUAUGUAACUUUAUGUUGUGUGUUGUAGCUCUUUGAUGUUUAGAAAGUUUCUUGACUCUUGAUUUUUUUUUACCAGCAAAUGUGAUAGACAUUUUAACCAGGCACUUCCUCAGGGGCUUUGUCUCUUUCAUAACACAAAAAGACACUGCACUGUCACCCAGACAGAGAAGUGAGAAAGUGGAUGAUGACAAACAGCACUUAGAAUGAAGAUCCUCCUAAUUUUCAACUUCUGCCUGAUUAUAGCUGGAUCUGAUGCUGUAACUACAGUAACUGGAUACAGAGGAAGAUCAGUUCAGAUUAAAUGUCACUAUGAAUCUGGAUAUGAAAAGAACAACAAGUAUCUCUGCAGAGGUGAAUGUCCCCCUUGGCCUGCAAUUAAAGACAUUCCUGUUCAGUCUGGAUCUCCUGCUGAAGACACCAGAUUCUCUCUGUAUGACAACACAACAGCCAAAAUCUUCACCAUCACCAUCACUGAUCUGAGAGCAGAGGAUGCAAACACUUACUGGUGUGUGGUACAGCAGAAAGGGCCUAAUAUUUACACAGAGCUUCAACUGCUGGUUGUUGAUGAUCCUGCCAGAAGUUCUGUCUCACCAUCUACACACACCACAUACUCAGCUUCACCACAUAUCACAAGUCCAUCAGUGCAUACUGAGACACCUCCAGCUACAGUUACUGCAUUAGAGAAGGUUGAACACAAAUCCACUGCUGACUCAUCCAAUGAUGUUCCAGGUUUAACUACCUACCUCCUGCUCAGCACAGGGGCAGUGGUGUUCACUGUUGGUGUGAUGAUAGCAAUCUACUGCAAGAGAAAUCGCCCAGGUCCUGGAACGAUGACACAAUCUUCCAAAGAGACAAGUGAUGUUUAUGAAAAUUGCCCAAAUUUUAAUUCUCUUCAAGAAACAGUAAACACCAAUUUACCCAAAUCUGAAUGCAAGACUCCAGACCCAACCACCGAGCAGUCAGACACAAUCUACCAGAAUUCAUCCAAUACUGAUAAUCAAUCAAAUUCAGUCUACCAGAAUCUGACAGUCACAAAAAACUAAUAAGAUUAAGAUAAGAUUAAAAUGCUGGUGCAGUGUUUAUUGGUUCCCCAGCAGAUGUUUUGCCUCUGUGUUAAUCACUUGCAUUAACAUUUAUUUUUUGACUGUUUCUAAUUGUACCUCUGACCUUUUUUUAACACUUUUUUUUAACAAGUCUUCUUUGAUUAAUCCCACAACAUCUGAUGCCAAGCCUGCAUGUAACAAUGCUGUAUACUAAAUCAUACUAUACUGUAUACUAAUGUCUGUGGUUUUUAAGAAAUUCUUUUUAUUGUUUUUAUUUAUCAUUUCUUUAAAUUCAUUGCAUAUUACAACCAAAUCUCAAAAAGGUUGGGACACUGUGCA